UUGUGCGCCAUCUUUUGGUAGUCUCUGUGUCAGUUGCAAAGAGUAAAAUGCCAAGAAACGGUCGAAGAAAACGUUCUCUUAGCUCUGGAGGAGAUAGUUUAGUUUCAUAUUACUCUAAACAUCGAUGCCUGGACAGAGAAUGUAGCCCUGUGUCUGAAACUCGCCAUUUGAAACGUGGCAGCUCAUCGAUUCAUAGCCGAGAGCGGAGGCACAAUCGUCAAUUGUCAAGAAAUCGAAGCCGCAGCACACGACGGAGUGACCGAAAGACAAGACGCCACAAACAUCGGAAUGAUCCUCCUGAUAGUCACGCGAAGCCAUCAUGCGUGGAUGAUCCGAGCAGAUGCUUUUCAAGUAUCAAGGAUGAUGACGAUGGUCACCUGAUAUAUCACCAGGGCGACAUGCUGCACUCCAGAUAUGUGAUUAGCACACUGUUAGGCGAGGGAACAUUUGGUAAAGUCCUGGAUUGUUAUGACAGGAAAAGCAAUACAUAUGUUGCUGUGAAAGUCAUCAAGAAUGUUGAAAAGUACAGGGAAGCUGCAAAACUAGAAAUCAAGGUACUGGAAAAGAUCCAGCAGAGAGAUAGAAGUGGAAGAAGUCUGUGUAUUGUGCUGCUUGACUGGUUUAACCAUCAUGGCCACAUGUGUCUUGUGUUUGAGAAGAUGGGUCUGAGUGUGUUUGACUUUAUGAAGGACAACAAUUAUGAACCAUAUCCACUGGAACAAGUGAGAGAUAUCUCCUACCAACUUCUUGUUUCAGUAAAAUUUCUCCAUGAUAUGAAGCUGAGCCAUACUGAUCUGAAACCAGAGAAUAUGCUGUUUGUGAAUUCAGACUGCAAUGUUUCAUACAAUCCAAGACAGAAACGAGAUGAAAGAGAAGUUAAGAAUUCUGACAUGCGGCUGAUUGACUUUGGAUCAGCGACAUUCGACCAUGAACACCACAGUACUGUUGUUUCCACAAGACACUAUCGUGCUCCUGAAGUCAUUCUUGGUGAGCAAUGUGAUCAGAGUAAAUGACCUCUCUGGGACUUUUCCUGAGCUGUGUUUUUUUUGUGGUUUGCUCUUAGUUUUCCCUUUUAGUUCACAAGUAGGGUGAAUUCAGAGAAAGUCAACUAACUUGCUUCACAAACCUGCACCCAGACAGACCUGUCGAUAUGCUUGCAAAAAACCAAGUACUUUUAUAAAGGUAAACUAGACUGGGACGAAAGGAGCUCAGCUGGAAGAUACGUGAGAGAGAACUGUAAGGCGCUCAAGAAAUAUAAACGUGGAGAUGGAGAGACACACGAACUGUUCUUCAACCUCAUCGAACAUCUGUUAGAAUACGAACCUGACCGCCGUUUGAGCGCCAAUGAAGCCAUCUGUCAUCCAUUCUUUUAUGGAAUGAUGAUUCACACGUCAGCAAACAGACAUUCGCAUAGCAAGAGUAGAUGACUAUCAACACGGAAAAAUACAAACACGCGGACAUGCUUCGCUCGCACGUUAUUCUAUUACGCUCUGCUUUUUAAUUUUCUCCUUUUCUCUUUUGCUACUUCAAUGUAGCUGAAAACGUGUCGUUAUCCAGAAAGUGGUUCAGUAAUGAAUAGCAGAAUGAGGCGUCACUAGUACUGAGUUUGAUGCCACUGUCUCUCCUCCCCUAUGACAAAUAAUGACAAGGCAGAAUUGUUAAAUAAAAACAUAGCAAAAGCUGUGUUCGUUUACACUUGACAUGCACUAUAUACAGUACGGACAUAAUGACCCUAAAUUAUAAGAUAGUAGCUUCGAAGAACUGUCAGCCAGUGUAUUUGACAAGUCAUAAGUGAAUCUUAUGACUUAACUCUAGUUUGCAACGUUUUUCUUUUCGUUCCUACGUGAAAAUGAAAACUAUUUCUUCCUCUGGCGGAGUAUGACCAACAAAAUGUCAUUUUUAUGUUACCGAGCCGGAUGACCUGUCUUAUUUUGGUCGCCAUUACAGAGUACUUUAUUCGGAAUAUUUUAUGGGAGAGAUAUUGUGCCGUGUUGCAUACGAGGUGCUUAUAACUGUACAUAUGUUGAGAAGAAAAUAAAUUAUGACCGGUGAAUUUUA